AUGUGGCCCUCCAUCUCGAACGCGUCAACUGGAAGCGAUGGACUCAAGGGAUACAAUCUGAUCUUGCUAGAUGACGAUGACUGUCAUGUGCAUGCAUUCAUAUAUGCGGAUAGUUGGAAAUCACUUGCUGAUAAGAUUGAUGAAGGAUGUGUCUGUGUCAUAACUAAUUUUUACACAAAGAAAGCAACUGGGUCACUUAAACCAGUUUCAUCCCCUAUCCUGAUUAAUAUCUCGCAUUCAACAACGGUGGAAAAGGUUGAGGAGGACGAUUUUAUGAUCCCAAGGCACAAGUUUGAGUUCGUUGAUUUGGGAGACUUAUUUGGCAUUGCAACUGCCAACACCAACAUUGAAUAUCCUGAGUUCUCAACAGACGUGAUUGGUGUCCUUGAAGACUAUGAGGGAUUGGCCAAAAUUAAGACUGUGCACGGAGACAGGAACAUUGUCAGGUUCAGACUCACCGAUGGCAGACAUUCUCCAAGAGUCACCGUAUGGGGACCACUUGCUGUUGCUACUGAUACUGCCUACAAAGCUUGUGCUGCUCGGCCAUUCAUAAUUAUUAUGGCCAGUGUUAAAAUGAAAACCUUUCUUGACUAUGUUCAGAUAAACACAGUCCCUUCGACUAAGAUUUAUCUGAACUUGGACAAUGAGGUUGUGUCUGCAAUGAGACAAAGGCUUGAUGAGGAAGGAUAUGUUCCUUCAGAAAGGACGCUCUCUUCCACGUCUUCAGCAGCAGUAAUUCCUCCUCCCAUAAUUGAAACCAUUACUUUGAAGCAAUUAAGUGAGAAGACAAAAUCUGAAUUUCUGAAGAGUAUGUUCCUCUGCAAAGUGAAGGUUAAAAAUAUUGAGGAGAGUGAGAACUGGUGGUAUGACUGUUGCCACAGAAGUAAUUGCAAUGAAGAAGUUUCCAAAGUUGAAGGGAAAUUUAGGUGCUUCAAGUGUCACAGAAACUACCCGAUUCCACAAAAAAGGUAUCGUAUUGCUGUGUUGGCUGAGGAUGAAACAGAAGCUUUUAGCAUGGUUCUCCUGGACAGGGCUGUUAAGAGAAUUGUUGGGAAAACAGCGACAAAGCUGAUUGCUGAAAGGAUUGAUAAUCAAGCAACUUUGACAGAUUAUCCGGAUGAGUUGAAGGCAAUAAAUGGGAAAGAUCUAAGUUUUAAGAUUGAGCUUAAUGAAAACAAUAUUCUCCUCAAGAGUGCUGUGUACACCGUUACUAAUGCUUUUGAUUCUGAAAUCACGGCUUCAUCGAAAUCCGAGGCUACAAAUUCUGAUGUGGAAGUCACUGGCUUCAUAAAUAACAAGGAUGGAGAUGAUGUUCAAAACGACGGGACCACACCGGACACAGCCAAGAAAUCCAGUGAGGAACAGAGCACUCGAAGUGGCAAGCGGGUUGAGGUUCUUGAAGCUGUUGCUGCUGCUGCUGUUGUUGUUGAGGUUGAGGUGGAUGAGCCACUUGCAUUUGAUAUGGUUGAAGAGGAGCAUUGA